AGAAAAAUAGCCUGUAAAGUGGAGAAUAGGAGCUGAUUAAAUGACAGUGGUAAGUUGCAAGGUAAUAGGAUAAAAGCAGCCCUGAUGAGAGAAAUUAGAGGAAUCACAGCCCAUAAAAGGAGGUGAGAGGGACUGAAUUCCUGAGUUCAGUGUCUUUGUUGCACUGCUUGUGGGUCAGGAGGAGCUCAACAAAUUUCCCUCCAUGCCAUCUGACCCUCGCCAUUGGCCAACCCAAACCCCUCCCACAAUAUCCGAUUUGACCCUGAACCCCCACAGUGUUUCACAACCCUUUUGGUAUGCUGACCAACUCCCUGCCCCAACCCAUCUUCCCAAUAACCAAUACCCCUCCCACCACCAAUGUCUGAUUCAAUGCACCCACCUCUGCAAAGGUCAACCCCCCGCCCUCCACUCUUCUGAUGCCCAAUUCAAUACCUUUCCCCUGUUUCCGCCCACCCCUACCAUAUUCAACUGUCUUCCACAUUGUCAGACAUAACUCCCUGGCUAUUCUCCUCCCCAACAGACAGACUAGUCAAACUGGACAGUGUUGGGGUGGAGAGACCUGCGAACAAAAGGAAAGAGUCAUCCAAUGGUUAAUUUCGGCAGAACAUUCAGGAAACCCAUAGUUCAAGGUUUCCCAUCCAAUAAUCCACUCUUCUACUCCCUGAGUAAAUAUUGGGACCCAUGAGUUUGGCUUCAAGAAAGCAUAUUGAGCUCCUGAUUUAAAUUAAUACUGUGCAGUUAAUCUCUGAAAAUGUUUAAUUUCACUCAGUUAUGGACAUCCAGUGAGCCUUUCCCAGCUGUUAUCUUGUGCAAAUGAAGUCUAAAAUUUGAUGCUGUAAUUGUCAUUAUUAUAUUACAGUACCCAACAGGCCAUAACACACAAGUAAUUUAUAUAAGUACAAUAGACGAAUAACAAGAACAGCAACUUUCCUGAUCACACCUCUGUGAAUCACCUUGGAAUUUGUUUCUAUGUUAACUGUAUAGACUCCUAGUCAAAAUUUAACAUCCUCAUUCUCCCUGGCCUUACCCCCUCCCUAUCUCUAUAAUCUCCCCCAACCCUCAGAAAUCCCUGUGCUCCUCCAUUUCUGGCCUCUUUGGCAUCCUCGAUUUCAAUCGUUCCACCAUUGGCGGCCGUGCCUUCAGCUGCUUGGUCCCUAAGCUCUUGAAUUCCCUCUGUAAACCUCUCCAUUUUUCCCUCGUCCUUUAAGAGGCUCUUUAAAACCUACUUCUUUAACCAAGCUUUUGGUCACCUGUCCCGAUAUCUCCUUGUGGGGCUUGGUGACGAGCUCGGUCUGAUUACGCUUCUGAGCAGUCCAUCAGGGCAUUUUACUACGUCAAAGGCGCUAUGUAAAUGCAAGUUGUCACUACAAAAGUGUAUCUAGUCUCCCUUUAAAAGAUGCAGAGAUCGUUGCCUCCACUGCCUCUUGUGACAAACUUCUCUAUUCUCUGAAACAACUCCCUGCAGAAAAGAAAGGGAAAAGGUUGGAAAAGUGACCGAAGAGAAAGAGAGAGUGUGAGUGGAGAAUUCCAAAUCUGUCGCAGUUUUCCCUCUGGAUUUAUUUUCCAGGAUAGAUCAUGCCAUGGGGCUGACAGGAGGGAGAGACAAGAAAAAAGGGGUCUGAUGCUGUAAGCCCAUCACUUGACGAUGGCGUUGACUGGAAAUGUGUUUUCACGAGGUCCACCAAUUCAUUAAAAGACUUAGAAUUGGGCACAUUCGGGGCCAUCAGGCUGUGGAUGAGAUUGUAUGUCUCUCUACCACAUACACUCAAAAGGAUUGCUUUCUGCUUCUCUGGGGUAAUUUCGUUCGCUACGAAAUAAAAACCAAGGCGCUCUACAAACUGGCUCCAUUCUUCCAUAGUUGCAUCAUAAGGAUCGAUUCUGCCGAAGAGUGGCAUGACUGGUUGUCUGAAACUCUAACCUUACACUUCUCCUUUCUUGGAUCAAGUGUUUUUAUUUCUGCUGAAAUGUAACUGCGUGGUGUCCAUCUGCCAAGCUCAGCAAGUUCCUCAGAAGCAAGCAAAGCUUUAGUGAGGACUGCCUUCAAGGUGCAACCAGUAACCUGAGAAGUACACAUUCACAAGAGAGGAUCUAGUGAACAGACUCAAAGAAAAUGGGGAUGCUCAGUCUCCUCUCCACAGUAGAUUAUUGGAGGUUUCAGUGUUCCAAGUCUCAAUGCCAGAUGUGAACACCAAACCAUGUGACUUCUCCGGAGCAGCAGCUGCUCUCUGUGGCAUGGACAUUGGUCACUGCUCUGAUGACCUGCCAGCGCAUUUCCCUGUCCCAGAGCCAGAUCCCGCCUUCCCGAGGGGAGCCGCUAUGACGUACACCGUUAGCGUGCAUGAGAGUCGGGCUGUCCCCUGUUGCCAGGAUGGCAUUUCCCUGAACGACGUGGGCCUGAUGGGCUGCUCAGGCUCCACUGCACAGCCGGCGUGCUGCCACCUGCCAAUGGAGCGCCUAUGCCACACAAGGCCUGGAGGUUCCCCAGCCUUGGGGUGUGUGGCGGUGAAUCCGGGAGCCAGGCUGUACAGGAGCUUGGAGAACCUUCACUGGGCCGCAGUCACCGAGGGAAAAGGCCGGCCGUUCAGCCCGCCUUGCCGGGCUGUGGAAAGGGAGUUUGUUUUUCACUGCCAGACUACGAGAGAUUGGUACGAGGUUUCGACGGAGCGCCCGGACAUUGGCAACCUGCUGCGCACUUGCGGGCAAGUACCCAUCGGUCCCCAUUCCAGGCCACCAGGGGUGAGGCACCUGCCGCCAUUUGCCAAAGUGCCACAGUGGCUUUUUCCAACGAUGAACGAGAAGGUCCUGAAUGGUGAUGCCAAAAAGGGGCUGAAGGAAAAGCUCAGGCUUCAGAGCAACAAGGCGACAGAGGUCAGUAAACCUGUCCGCCCUCAGGCCUUGCUUAGGGAGCUCACUUGGAAGGACUGGGCAGGAAGAGAGAACUGUGGGCACUGCACAUCCGGAUUCACAAUGCGUUGUGGUGAAAUGGCGAGAGAUCCCUCGGCGGCCUCACAAAAUAGCUACACAGCUUCUCAGCAAAGAUCGCAGAGAUUGACCAGCCCUGCAGAAAUCAAGGAGGAAGCCAUGAGGAGAUUAAAGCUACGGCGCCAGAACAGUACGCCAAACCUGAUGACCCUACCUUCCAAGGAGGAAGGCAGCGAGGUUGUCAAGUCUCUGACCACAGAGCCACUGGGCGAAUGUGAAACGGAUAGGCACGUGUCUCAAGGAUCAUCAACAGCAGCGCCUGAGAGGAGACGGAACUUCAAGGCGAGAGUUCACAUCCCAUCGUUUGAAGAGUUCAAAAAAAUGAGGAAGCGGGAAAGGUGCCAGACUCCAAGCACCGAAACAGAGUUGCAGGGAAGUAAGGGGAAGAGCUUUGCCACUUUAAGUAGCCUGGGGAGGAGGACAGUCAGCGGCAGUUGUCCAUCGCUGACUAAGAUGGAACACCAGGCUCCGCUGCCGAGGCAGUUGGCCAAAUGCCAGGACCUCACUCGCUGUGACCACGGGCCCUGCUGCUGUUACUUGGAGCCCCAACAGCCUUGUCAGCAGAUUGACCUCUUGCCCAGUGGGAAUGGAAGCCCCAGCAAGACCUCUCCAGCCCUGCAAACCCUGGCGAUGUCCAAGCUGGAAGAACAGCGUGCGUCUCCAGACCCUAUCUGCACUAGCCCGGCUCCCGGGUUACCCUUGCAGACUGUAGCUCUUCCCCAUGGGAGUGUGGAGCAGCUGAGCAGGCCAGAGAUAGCAAACCAGAGAGGAUUCGGCCAAAGCGUUGGUGGCAUGGAGAGGAACAUGGCGGGUGAGGCCCAGUUGUCUUGUUGUCCUUCACUCCUACUGGAAGCAGCUGCGGAUCUUUCUGGCUACGGCGUUAAGUUUCAGCAGAUGAAAGAUGGCCUGAUAGGGUCAGCCAUUGACCUCAUCAAAAAAAGCUGCACUGCAGAAUCUGCAGCCGUACAAUCAUCCCAUCACCAGGAACUGGAUGACAUCACCGUCAAUGAGCAGGACAAUCAAUCAGGCCUGGUUUCCAUGGCAACCCUGGAUUGCAGUGCAGAAGGCAAUCGGAAGCCUGCUGGUGUUCAUCGGCAGACAGACUGUCAUUCCCUCCCUGGAUGUCGGAGGUCAAGCUCUGAUGCAGCCUAUGGGACCACGGAGACCGCCAAGGCCCAGCGCGAGUGCCGCCUGCGCCCCCAUUUCAGUGACCCCAUGCCAGCCGAUGCAGUCAAGCGGAAGCAGCUGGAGAUGAGGAUAGCGGCUGCUGCCUGGGGCCUCGGCCAGAAAAGACGCCAAGACAAGGAUUGCAGCGAUCCACCUUCCAACCCGUCCAGUAGGACAGCUGACUCCUCUUUGAGUUCAAAGCCAAGAGACAGCCACCUGGGACCUGGCUCUGGCCACAGAUCGAAGCAUCGCUGGAGUAACCUGAGCACAGACAGUGGCGUGGUGGGACUAAAUGACAGGAGUGAAGAGAAGGAGGACGAGGAGGAUGAGCGGUCAAGGAAGAGCAAACCGGCAGAAGUGGAGAGAGCGGACAGUGGUAUUGGGCCAGCCAUGGCCAAGAAAUGGAAAAGCCGGGUGGGGGAAACGGCGCGCUCCGUGCAGGCCUGGGUGGCUCAUCGACCCUGUGUCGACUGUGGGGAGAGAGACAUCUCGGAGGCAGACCCAAGGGGUGCGGUAAAGAGACUGGAAAACCUCUGUGGCCAGUGUGCAAAGCGCAGAACAGAGCGUAAAGAGGCCAUCCUGGAGUUCGUCAACACAGAAUCCAGCUACGGGGAGGACCUACGCAUCAUCAAAGAGGAGUUUUACCUCCCCAUGCAGGCAGCUGGACUCCUGACCCCAGAACAGCUAACUGUGAUCUUCAGUAACAUACAGGAACUCAUAGAGGUCAACGAGAGGUUUCUGGAGCGGCUGCAUGACUCCACUGAGCAAGCAUUUGAUCAGGAUGAUGAGGACUUUCUAACAGUUUGCAUUGGCGAGAUGUUCCUGGAGUUUGUUAACAUGCUACCCGCGUUUCAGACUUACUGCAUCCACCAGUCUACCUCCACCAACAUGCUUAACACACUGGAGAAAGAGAAGGAACUCCUCAGGAUCUUCCUGGACGUGUCCCAAAAUGACAACACCGCGCUCCGGCGCAUGAAUCUGCGGUCCUUCCUAAUGGCCCCGUUGCAACGGGUCACUAAGUACCCCCUGCUCCUCAGCCGGAUCAGCAACUCCACACCAGAGUACCACCCAGAUCACUGCAGCCUGCGGGAGGCUAAGAGCAGGGUGGAGUCCCACCUGGAGCACAUCAACAUGAAGACCAAGCAAGAGGGUGCCACGCCCUGGUCGCUCCGCUCCUUCCGCCGUGACAGCAGACGCAACCGGGAGGUCGUCAACAUUGAGAUGAGGGAGAUCGCCAUCAAGGCAGUGGGCUGGCCCCGGGAGGACACCCGGUUCCCCAUGGAGGGGACCCUGCAGUCCUCGCAGCCCAGCGAUGGUCAGUGGGCCAAGAAGGGGAGUAGGUCGCUCAAAUUCCAGACCCUCCAUGUGCUCCUAAUGGUCAACGUGGGACGGGAGCCCGAGUCUGGCCUAGAAGGGACGGCGGGCGAGCGCAGUUGGGAACCACCGCCGGUGCGUGACGCCGCGCUGGUGCUGAUCCGGGACAAGAGCGGCGGCAAGUUUGCCUUGUUCCGACGCCCCAUACACCUCAGCAACUGCGUGGUCUCCUCGGACCCGGACUGUGACGACACAUUCGAGCUAUUGGACAUCCGCAAGGAGGCAUUCGUCUUCCGGGACGCCGACAAGCACCGGACCCGCCAUUGGUUCAGGCUGAUCAAGCGCUACUCACGAGACCUGGGUUCAUGGAGGAAGAGGCGCAAUGCACUUCCCAACAUCAUGAUCAACGCAACUAACAGCAGGGCCUGAACCUAGUGCAGAACCGGGUCCAUCUGGCCACCACCCCCCCAAAUAACGCAACAUUACA